CCAAGGGAUGGCAAUACCCAUAUGGAAGCCUAGAAACCAACGCUAUAACCAGCUUAUAAAAUAAAGCUCCGCCACACAACAUGAGCAACCACAACAAAAUGUCUAUAUACAUGGAGAAAAUACAACAUAAGAAUAUAAAAGUAAAUGGCAUCAACAUGCACGUGGCUGAGAUCGGAGAAGGCCCUGCUGUGCUUUUCGUCCAUGGCUUCCCGGAGCUCUGGUACACAUGGCGUCACCAGAUGCUGUAUAUAUCCUCUAAAGGCUACCGUGCCAUCGCGCCUGACCUUCGUGGCUUUGGAGAUUCGGAGGCACCACCUUCCUCCACCAGCUACACGGCCUUCCACAUCGUCGGAGACCUGGUGUGCUUGCUUGACUCGUUGGGGUUGGACAAGGUUUUCCUCGUGGGUCACGACUGGGGUGCUAUAAUCUCAUGGUACCUGUGUCUUUUCCGGCCAGACCGGAUCAAGGCUUUGGUUAACAUGAGUGUCGUCUAUAAACCUAGGAAUCCGUCCGUCAAACCUGUAGACCUCAUGCGACACACUUUUGGUGACGAUUUCUACAUCUGCAGGUUCCAGGAAAUUGGGUGGGAAGAGGAGUUUGCAAAAGUUGAUACCAAAAAACUGCUGGCCUCAUCGUAUUUCCAACGAGAUCCAACCCCACCAAUGUUGUCUAAACACUUUGCAAACGUUUUUCAACAUGCACCUCCAUACACCAUACCUUCUUGGUUCACUCAACAAGACCUCGACUACUUUGCAUCCAAAUAUCAUGCCACAGGAUUCGCCGGACCAUUUAAUUAUUAUCGGUGUUUUGAUCUAAACUGGGAGUUGUGUGCAGCAUGGACAGGAUCUAAGAUAAUGGUGCCGGUGAAAUUUAUAGUUGGGGAGUUAGAUCUGGUGUAUAGCUUUCCAGGAACAAAAGAGUACAUACAUGGCGGUGGAUUCAAGGAAUGGGUACCAGGAUUGCAGAAUGUUGUGGUGAUCGAAGGAGCCGCUCAUUUUAUCAACCAAGAGAAACCACAAGAGAUCAACAACCACAUUUACGACUUCAUUACCAAGUUCUAAGUUGCAACCAACUAAGCCAUGCAUCAUUCAGUGUGUUUUGUUUGACAUUUGG